AUGACCUUUUUUGAUUUGGUGGAUAUGACAGUGGCCUAUGUACAGUAUAUGUAUAUUCUUGUUUCCAUCUCUUCGAAUAGCUUUCCUGAUUUCUACUUGGAACCCUUUCGGACACUUCGUUACCUCAGUCUUGAAUUUCUUGACAGGUUUAGUGAAGAAAAUCGUUACAGCAACCCGUUGGAAAUUAUGUUACCUGCGUGGUUACCUUUAGACUACCGCCUGCAGUUUGCAUUUAUUGUAGUCAUUGCACCAUUACUGGUGUCAAUUGUUGGGAUCCUGACGGUUUGCUCUACAGCGGCCUUUGGAUGGAUAAUGAUGACACUGGCCGCGUUUUUUUCAAUGGUACUUGGGGCAGUUUUGCUUGCAAAUCCGUGGGUUUACUCGGAAUUGGGUAUUUCCCAUCAAACUCGAGUGCUGCUUGUGAGUAUUGGUACGGUGUGCACCGUUUUGCUUAUUUCACUUGGAGUUUUUGGUGUUCACAUCUGGCGCCUCCGUCGUCUUCGUGAGGAAGAGGCGAUUAUGGUGAAUUCCACCAAUGAAGGGUGUGAAAAGGGGUGGGGGACUUCGUUGGCUGAAAAGGCUGUUAUGCGGUCCGAGGUCAACCGGCGGGCACUUGCCGCAUUGAUGGCAUAUGAAAAUGGCAACAAGCAUUAUCUGCGUCGUUGUCACUUAGCUGUUAUUUUCCCACAAGCCGUUGUGGCAGCGGUUGGUUUUAUAGCUGGCAUUGUCUUUAUUGGUUUACUACCGAUAAGUGAUAUUCGUUUCUUUCAAGUAAGUCGCGUUGGACGUAUGGCUGGUUCCAUUUUGAUUUUUGCUGCCCUUCUUACUUUCAUGUGGGUCACUUUCGGUAUUUUCAAGUCGGGACGAAAACUUCAGUUGAAGAUGUACGAUCUUCUGUCAAGUACUGUUCUGGGCAUCAUGAUGAUUGCCAUUUCUCUCAUUUAUAUUCCAGUGUUGAUGAACAUGAUAAACGUUAUGCGGUGUAUUGAAGUUAAUUGCGGUGCUGGGGAAUGGAUGCCACCUCCGGGUACUUUGAUGCGAAGUUCUAGUGGUUCCGCUAUCUGGGAAAAGUCUGCAUAUUCCUGCUUCCCCUGUGACUUCUCCAUGCACACGCAGAACUGUCCAGCUGACCUGCAGAUGAGAUUGUGUGGAAGAUUAGACGUUCAUAGACUUCUUGCAUACGAUCAAUCUGUUCCAUGUAAUGAAGUAAAUGUUUUUUACAAAGCCACUAUGGUAGUCAUUCUUCUCUCUUACACUGUUGCGUAUCCGAUUUUCUUAGUUGUGGUGGCACACCGAGGAACGACGAUUUUGGAGAAGGAGUACCCGCUUGAAAAGCGUCUGCUGGAUGAAUUUACCGAGAGGGAACUUUAUUAUGAAAAAGUCCGAAAGUCCGCGAAUGUCUCCGCUCCAGUGUACCAAGCAUACAGACGCACCUACCGUAAGGCACGUCUCACAUUUCUUCUUCAAAGGGUUCUUUUAGUGGCGAUUAGUUGCUUGAUGAGCCAAGGGAUUAAAGAAAGUUUGUCAUGGCUAGGCUUAAUGCUUAUUCUUCUUGUUUGUAUGUUAUACUUUUUGUACACCACGUUGCUGCACCCUUAUGCCCGUCCUGUGGAAAAUUUAUAUGGGGCCGUACAACAAUUUGUAAUUGUGUGUGUAGCCUCCAUUGGGUUGGUAGGCAACCGAAUUGGAAGGGAUAAUAUUCCAUUCGCAGUGUCUGUGUUUUUUGCUGUCAUUGUUUUUGUUGCGCCUCUGGCAGCGCUUAUCAUUGGUCUUGUUCGCACCUUUCGGAAAGAUCGUGAACGUGCGGAGCGGUUGCAAAGACGCCUUCAAAAUGGUUUUGCGGUGGAAAACAAAAGCUCUCGGGGCGCCCCCACCACCACCACCCAAAACGUCAGGAAUGCGAAUCCCAGCCUUAAUGUUGUUGGGGAUAGCGUGGCUCAUUGGAUGGAUAGGGAAAUCAAAAUUUUUAAUGGCAGUAACACGGCUACCGAGAAGCGGGAAUGGCAGGACGGUAUGGACACACUCAGCAGGAAUAAAUCCCCCAAAGGAAAGAAGAGGAGCUCUGAAAGAAUCCUCUCGAAAACGCUAUCCCGAGAAGUGCGAGAAAUGAGCACCGACACAUCUGCCGACCAGAAGCAGCAAAAGGAACACGAGCAACUGUUACAUCGAAAUAGCCCCUACUUGUUUUUAGCACCAGGACUCAAUGAUGGAUCAUUGUACAGGCGAAAAAAUUCUGCGCAAGGGCUGGAUUCGUCUGAAGCCGCGGCAGAGAGAAUCAUGAGAGAUCUCAUUGUGGAAGUGAGCGGUCAGGAUAACAAUAGAAGUGAGCGGGAAGAGCCCUUUGUACAGGAGCAGAAUCCAGGUAUGGGCACAAAUAAUGGCGUUGAUUUCCCUGAGGAUGAUUACUUCAAUGAUUCUCGGUUUUUUCUUCCCGCUGCGUACUUCCGCGGCUUUGAGGAUAUGUCGCUUCUCUCAGAGGACCUGGACCAGGAUGAGGAGGGGGAGGAGGAAGAAGACCACAGGAAGCAACGGCACGUGAAGGGAAUGAGGAAAUGGACGGGGGAGGGGACAAUUCGGAGCCUUUUUACCCUCUUCUCCACAUUCCGCGAACAACUUUCACGCGGGUCCAAUUCCGUUUCGCAGAAGGAGCCGCUGAAGACGGAGACGGAGGAGUUUGCUGCCACCACCGUUCGUGGAUGCACAAAGAGGGAUAGGGACUUGACAGUUGCAGAACAACAACAACAACAACGACAACACAGCACAACUAGCGAUGCGAAGAAUAGUACAUACGCCAAGACCUCUCGGAAUGGGGCAUUUUUCCGCUGGUGGAAGCGUUGGCAGAAGGUCCUCAACAUUUCUGACUUCUCGCUGAAGUAUAAAGAUGUGCUUGAGAAGCGACGGAGUCUUCAGAAGUUUACGGGACUUCGCGACCGGCCGUUUUGGUUAUUACCCUCAGAAACACAACAGCAGACGUACAACAUCCCAGGAAGCUGCGUGCCAUGGCACUGUGCGAAGAACAACCGCGUGUUGGCCACCGAUAGAAAUGCUGCCGGGGAACUCACGACUUUUGCACGGCUGAAGGAGCGGAAGAAUGUGAAAUAUCCUCCUCUUGUUGUGAAGAGGAAAGAGUCUGUGUCACUGGCUAGUAUUCCCUCGAUUAUGGAAGCAAUGUCCUUUCGCUUUGGAAACGCCGACAAUGACACCCCCAGCAGCACGGAGAAAGAAGGCAUGCGUCACAGUUCCAGAAAAAAGAACGUGGCGCAGCACAGUCCCAGUGAAAAUACACCCAUAAAAAGUUCGUUUAAACGCGCCCCGAGAAGAGCAUUGGUGUCAGUCGUGGAUCAUCCGACAAAGGAAACUCCAAGGGAGGAAAAAGAAAUUUCGGAUCAAUCCAAUUCAAUGAGACAGAUUUUUGAAUGCACCACAAGUGCAAAGAAACAAAUUGAAAGGCUUGAACGUUUAUGCAAGCGGAGUCUUCAAAAUCCGGGGGCUGGGCAACGCCGCCCAACGGUGUUUGCCCCUGUCUUUCCAAAGGUACACUUGGAGGGAGUGGAGGUAAGCGACUGGGAUGAAUUUAUGCAGCAACUCCUUGCCGAGGUCUCUUGCCCGGCUGCAGACUCGACAGGGACACUCUUAAAUUUUUCUUUCCCACCGAAAUCUGAAUCCCAGUCUAACUCCAUGCCGGUGAAGAGCGACCGGGCUGCUACCACGGUGGCACACGAAGAUGACAAGAAGAAAAAAAUAAAAGAAGGAAAGGAAACCCCGGAAUUAUCCAGUUUUAAGGAAAUUGAGGAAGUCGGGCAUACCGUCUCUAUGGAUUCAAGGUUGUCCAAUAACGUCCAGCUGCUGCUGCGCCACUUUGUUCUGCGUCGUCGCCUUUGUGAUGUAUUUAAGAAGCAAAAAAAUCGACUUCGUGCGCUUCAACAAGCUGUGGAUUUUCGCAUUGCGGUUACCAUAAAGAAGUACAUGCAAUGGUUCUUUCUUGCCCUAAGUGUGUGCACAACGGUGGCACUUGUCCUCUGCCUCUCUGGAAUGCUUUACGGAAUGAAGGAGGAUUUUGUGGAUGGCGUCUGGCGCGACAACAGCGUGGAGCGAGAGAUGAUGGGAUAUAGCAGUUGGGAAAACUUUACAGCGCAUUGUUGUUGUCUGUCCAUUGUAAAUCUCACGGCGACUUACCCGUAUUACCUUCUUGACGUGGAGAAUUGGCUGUGUGAGGAUGGUCGCGUCAAGCAACGAGUCCGGCGCGAUGCGUACGAAAGUACAAUCGUAACUGGAUACAGGGUGCGGGAUCUCUGCGGGAUGACCUUUCGUAAAGGCUGCCACCCCACCGUGACACCCGAGAAUCGUGUGGAACUGCUGGGAUGCAGCGAGGAGUUGUCAGAAAUGGAGAAGAAACGCUGGUAA